CUCAUCGAUCGCCCAUUGCAUCGUCCACUCCUCAUCGCAAUGAAGCCCGUCACCAGAAUUGGUUCUCUGGCUCUCCGCCGGGCCGCCGCAGCGCCUCUGCGUGCCUUAACGCCGGCCAAUUGCAUCAUCGGCCGAGCUGCAGCUGUCAAGGCUGGCAAAGCUUCAGUGCGCGCUUUCCAUGGCACCGCGAGCGCGCGCGGCAUCAUGCCCGAGAGCGAGAACCCUCCUCCCAAGCAGUCUGAAGACCACGAGAGCCCGACCGUGCCCACCGACAUCCCCACCACCGAGUUCCACGAGCGCGCCGACGACUACCUGAACGAGCUGGUCGAGCGCUUGGAGGAGGCGCAGGAGAAGAACCCCGAAAUCGAGGUCGAGUACUCGGCCGGCGUUCUCCGAGUCGACUUCAUCUCCAAGCAGCUCAGCUACGUGCUUAACAAGCAGCCGCCCAACAAGCAGAUCUGGCUCAGCUCGCCCAUCUCAGGUCCCAAGCGCUUCGACUGGGUUGUCCUGCAGGAGGGGCAGAACGCGAAGGAGGGCGGUGGCAGUGGGGACUGGAUAUACCUCCGCGACGGCACCAGUCUGACGGACAUCAUUCGCAAGGAGUUAGGAAUCGACAACGAGGUGGACGACAACGUCCCGAGGUAGAGUGUGGGCGUGUGCUGUCACGUUUCCUAGCAUAACACAUAACGAGUUCCAUAGUUCUUGAAGAAAUAAAAAUG